CGUACUGCGCAUUGCGUGUGGAGCAUCACAAGUCCUUAAGAAAUAUGCGUCCGUCUUCGUGUCCCUGUCGUAUUCGUGUUCAUUGUUCACUUGCCCGUGGUUCCAUUUAUUGGAUUUAGUAACGUACUAAAGGCGUGUUACCGUUUUAUUUCUAUUCCGACGCUAUCCGACAUUACAACUCAGACACUUAAUUCAUAAAAUUAUUGUUCAAAAUAUAUUUGUAAUUUUAUAAAUAUAAAUAUGAGGGAAAUAAUUCAUUUACAAGCCGGUCAAUGCGGCAACCAAAUUGGAUCAAAGUUUUGGGAAAUAAUCUCUGACGAACAUGGCAUUGAUCCAACUGGACACUACAUGGGCACAAGUGAUUUACAAUUGCAGCGUAUCGACGUUUAUUACAAUGAAGCCAACAAUCAUAAAUACGUUCCACGCGCGAUCCUUGUUGAUCUUGAACCAGGAACCAUGGAUUCGAUUCGCAGUGGACCUAUUGGUCAAAUGUUCCGACCAGACAAUUUUAUAUUUGGACAAAGUGGCGCAGGAAACAACUGGGCUAAAGGACAUUACACUGAAGGAGCGGAGCUGGUUGAUUCAGUACUUGAAGUCGUGAGGCGAGAAUCUGAGGGCUGUGACUGUCUACAAGGAUUCCAAUUGACUCAUUCAUUGGGAGGUGGUACUGGAUCAGGAAUGGGAACUUUACUUAUUUCUAAAAUACGUGAGGAAUAUCCAGACCGAAUUAUGGCUUCAUUCAGUGUCUUUCCGUCACCAAAAGUUUCUGAUACCGUUGUAGAGCCUUACAACGCCACUUUAUCAGUUCAUCAGUUAGUCGAGAAUACUGAUGAGACAUUUUGUAUAGACAACGAAGCACUUUAUGACAUUUGCUUCAGAACAUUGAAACUUACGUCCCCUACUUACGGAGAUUUGAACCAUCUAGUUUCUGUCACAAUGUCCGGAGUAACAACUUGUUUAAGAUUCCCUGGACAAUUGAAUGCCGAUCUUCGUAAGCUAGCGGUGAAUAUGGUCCCUUUCCCACGACUUCACUUCUUUAUGCCUGGAUUUGCUCCACUUACCGCACGUGGAAGUCAGCAAUAUCGCGCUCUAUCUGUCCCUGAAUUGACACAACAGAUGUUUGAUUCGAAGAAUAUGAUGACUGCGUGUGAUCCAAGACACGGACGUUAUUUGACAGUAGCGGCUAUUUUCCGGGGUCAGUUGUCGAUGAGAGAAGUCGAUGAACAAAUGCUCAGUGUACAGAAUAAAAAUUCAAGUUACUUCGUCGAAUGGAUACCCAACAAUGUUAAGGUCGCCGUUUGCGAUAUUCCACCACGUGGAUUAAAAAUGUCAGCUACAUUUAUUGGCAACUCAACCGCCAUCCAAGAAAUUUUCAAACGUAUAAGCGAACAAUUUACCGCGAUGUUUAGACGCAAAGCUUUCCUUCAUUGGUACACUGGCGAAGGUAUGGACGAAAUGGAAUUCACUGAGGCCGAAUCUAACAUGAAUGAUUUGGUAUCCGAGUACCAGCAGUACCAGGAAGCAACAGCAGAAGAUGAAGAAGCGUUUGAAGAUGAAGAAGGAGCGGAAGAAGUUGAAGCCUAAUUUUAUAACAGAACUCUAAAUCAAUGGUUUAAAUUUCAAAUUUUAAUAAAAUCAACUCAAGUAUUUUUAGUUAUAAAGAAAUUGAAAUAUAACUGAUAAUUGUCAUCCGAUAUCUUUGUUACUACUUCCAUAUUAGAUAAUAGCUAAAACUAAUUACAUAUAUAAAACUAGACUGACAUUGAUUUGCAUGUUAUAAAUAUUUAAAAUGAUAAAAAUUAUUAAAAUAAUAUUUGUUUUAUAAUUGAAUAUAAUUACACAAUAAAAAAAAAAUUAUAUUAUAAAA